AUGCUGUCAACACAUUGUCCUGCAGACAAACAACAUCCCUUACGGAAUGUAUUUAUGAACAAAAAGCCAUCGAAAUCAAAUAGUACACAACGUGUGACACUAGAACCACAAGCAACAAAAGUGAAUGUAAACGAAAAACUACUACCGAGUGAUUCAACGAUGUCUCCAUCUGUACCUCUAUCGAUAGAAAAUAAAAGUCGAAUGUCGUAUCAAUCGAUUCGACUGUGGUUACGUUUAUUUAUUGUUAAUGAUCUUACAACAAUUCUUAUAUUAUUUAUUUGGUUACUGAUCAAUAUUGCUCUGUUUUUGGGACAAUUUUUCAAUUAUCAUCAAUCCCGUUCGUAUUUUUACUUACGUGCAUUGAUUCACGAUGGACUCAGUCUUGCCCGAGCAUCGGCGUUAUGUUUAAAUUUCAAUUGUUUUCUCAUUCUUCUACCUGUUUGUCGAAAUCUGCUUUCACUCAUUCGAUAUGUUCUACCACGGUGUAUAACACAAUCACGUUUCCGUCGUUUGACGAUACGUCUGUUCGAUCAGCAUAUUGGCUUCCAUCGUUGUGUUGGCUAUGCGAUCUGUUUCUGGUCUUUAUUACAUGUUGGAGCACAUAUUUACAAUUAUGAACGUUUGAUAGAUGUUCACAACGAUUAUCAGUCUUUGUCCUCCGUUUUGAAUUUAUUAUAUUUACAAUCGUCCGAAUCUCAAGUGAAUCCGUUCGAUCGAGUUAAUCCAAAUGGUUUAGGCGUUGGCGCAAUGUUAAGUACAACGCCAGGAGUGACGGGAGUCAUUCUCUGUGUUUGUUUAUUGGUGAUAUUUAGCUCGUCAACAGCACUUAUUCGUCGGUCGUUCUACGAAAUCUUCUGGUUUGCUCAUCAUCUCUUCGUUGUUUUCUUCAUUUGUUUAAUUCUUCAUGGUUUACAAGGUUUGAUUCGAGCACAAACGAACGUUGAUCAGCAUAAUCCAAAUAUAUGUGCCUUGCUCUAUCGUGAAUGGGGCGUUAAUCCGCAAUGUCUUGUCUAUCCAAAAUUUACGGGCUCACAAGCGACAAGUUGGAUGUGGCUCUGCGCACCUUUGUUUCUCUACGUUAUCGAACGUGUUCUUCGAUUUGUUCGUAGUUUACAAAAUACAGAGAUUCUCGAUGUUAUUCGACAUGAAUCGAGUGUCAUUGAACUACGUUUCCGAAAGAAAUUCAUGACUAAGCCACAACCCGGUCAAUAUAUCUAUUUAAAAUGCUUUUCGAUUGCUAAAUUCGAAUGGCAUCCAUUUACAGUCACUUCGGCACCGGAAGAAGACUUCGUCAGUGUACAUAUUCGAACAGCUGGUAAUUGGACAAAGAGUUUAACGGAAAAAUUUCUCAUGUACCCACAAGAUAUUCCAAGAUUAGGUAUUGAUGGUCCAUACGGAAGUCCUGCUGAUGAUGUCUUCAACUACGAUGGUGUAGUACUUGUCGGUGCAGGAAUUGGAGUUACACCAUAUGCAGCGAUACUGAAACACAUUCGUUCAAGUCAAUCGAGUCAUACUCGUCUUCGUCGUGUUUAUUUCUAUUGGAUAUGUAACACAACAUCAUGUUACGAAUGGUUUGCAGAAAUGCUUCAACAAUUAGAACGUGAUCUUCGCGAUCGACGAAACUUUCUAACCUACAACAUAUAUCUUACACAAUGGUCAAUGGGACAAAUGCGAGCUGUUAUUCAGAAUAACAAUGAUGACAGAGACAUUUGGACAGGUUUAGAGAGUAAAACACAUUAUGGGCGGCCGAAUUUUGAUGUGGAUUUUCAGGCGAUGAUCAACGAAGAUUGGCAAAUGAAUGGCAAACGUGAAAUUGGAGUAUUCGUAUGUGGACCGAAGCAAUUAGUGAAGCAAUUGCAACGUUUAUGUAUCAAAAUUAAUGAUCAUCAUUCGUCAACAAAUCAAGUUCAGUUUUAUUUAAAUAAAGAAAAUUUUUAG